ACACUCCCUCUCCCUCUCCCUUACAUUCACCACUCCCCUCUUCUCUGUGUUCUCUCCUUGCCUGUCUGAAUUCACAGUGGGUUUUGACUCUGCACUACGAUGUCUGCAGUUGCAGGAAGCUCUCUGCAGUGAGCACGCCGAGGUUAUGCUUCUCAAAAGUCCUCUGUUGAGUCAGAAACAGAGUGAAAAGGGCUAAAGACUGCGUCACAACAUACUGCCCUGACCUCGUGACCCCGCACGGAGCCAUGAGUAACCCUAAGGAUGCCAGCGACACCAACGUCGCCACCAACACCAAGACCGCGGUCACGUCAGCUCCGGUCCAGCCGCCGCCCUCUCCUCGGCGGAUUGACGAUGACGAGGACGAAGAGCGGGACCUGAACAAGACCCUGGGAGUGCAGCGGUUCCAGCAGAUCCUCCACCCGCCGGGCCGUGGACCACCGGAGAAGCACCGGGCCUAUAACGAGGAGGACUUUGAGUACCACCGCCACUCCUCUCAUCACAUCCACCACCCGCUCAAACUUCCCCCGGAGGGGAGAAGAAGAAGAGCAAACAGAGGAAGAAGGGAACGGGACGGAGAAGAGGAUCUGGGCCGAGGAGCUCCCACCAUAGAGGAGGACGAGGAGGAAGAGGAUGUGGAGGAAGAGUCCUACAGCCAGUACGAUGGAGAGGGAGGGCAGACCACCACACCUGAUACAGACAUGGACACGCAGAACGAGGAUGUGCAGUUCUUUGUGUCUGAGGAUGACUGUGCCAGUGCCACUCCUACUCCCACGCCAAGCCAGCCUGGCAGUGCCAGCUUUCCCAGACGCCUCACCAUCGUACCCGAGACUGCCCUGGGCACCGACCUGCCAGAGGACGCCACACCUACUGAUAAGUCAGUGGACUCGGUGUCGGCCCCUCACAAAGGGAGGAACGGCCUGUCCUCCGGCCCCUCCCGGGAGUCCCCCAGCCCCUCCACAUGGGGUUCCAUACCUCCCUCCUCCAGAGCACCGCCCCCUGGUGGUAGCCGCAGCUACGACCUGCAGGAGCGCCGGCGCUCGGGCAACAUGACGUGUGGGCUGCAGGAGCAUCACCAACGCCAGGCCACUGACGACAGCGAGGCCCAGAUGCUGGGGUCCGCCGACCUGGAUGGGAUCAAAAGCCACAGGUUCGAGGAUGUGCCUGCGGUUCGCCGUCACCUGGUCAGGAAGAGCAACAAGGGUCAGGUGGUACACAUCAACAAGGACCACAAGGAGCCUAGUGCCCGCAGCCGCAAGUUGGAUCGUACCCCACAUGAGGUGUUUGUAGAGCUAAACGAGCUGGUGAUGGAUAAGAACCAGGAGUUGCAGUGGCGGGAGACGGCUCGCUGGAUCAAGUUUGAGGAGGACGUGGAGGAGGAAACGGACCGUUGGGGAAAACCCCACGUCGCCUCGCUCUCCUUCCGUAGUCUCCUGGAGCUCCGAAAGACCAUCUCCCACGGUGCGGUGCUGCUGGACUUGAAGCAGAAGACCUUGCCUGGCAUCGCCCAUCAGGUGGUGGAGCAGAUGAUCAUCUCUGAUCAGAUCAAAGUAGAGGACCGGGCCAAUGUCCUCAGAGCCCUACUACUCAAACACAGUCACCCGAGCGACGAGAAGGAACACAGCUCUUUCACGCGGAACAUCUCUGCCGCCAGCCUGGUCUCACUGAUGGUGAACCACCAAAACAGCAGCAACCACACAGGCCAAGCCGAGCCCUCUGUGACUGACCCCCUCAUGGAUGGAGGAGGGGCUGCCGGCACCCUCACAGACUCCCGCAUCGACAUGGAGAAGAGCGAGAAGGACAAUCCUCCCAUAUUGGGCAUGCACAGGUCCAAGUCCAAGCAUGAGCUCAAGUUGCUGGAGAAGAUUCCGGAAAAUGCAGAGGCCACUGUCGUCCUCGUAGGCGCCGUGGCCUUCCUGGAGCAGCCUUCCAUGGCGUUUGUGCGUCUGCAGGAAGCCGUCCUGCUGGAGUCCGUGCUGGAGGUUCCUGUUCCUGUGCGUUUCCUCUUCCUCCUCAUGGGCCCGCCCAUCGCCAACAUUGACUACCACCAGAUUGGUCGCUCCAUCUCCACACUUAUGUCUGACAAGCACUUCCAUGAGGCGGCAUACUUGGCGGACGAGCGGCAGGACCUGCUGAAUGCCAUCAACAGCUUCCUGGACUGCAGCAUCGUGCUGCCGCCGUCUGAAGUGGGUGGCGAAGAGCUGCUGCGCUCGGUGGCCCGCUUCCAGAGAGAGAUGCUCCGCAAGAGAGAGGAGCAGCAGGGCAAGGAGCUCAAGGUCAAAGAGCCAAAGAGCCCAAAGGAUAAAGCUCUGCAGGCGCCCUUCAAACCUGGGGUUGACCCUCUGCGCCGUUCAGGCCGCCUGUUUGGGGGUCUAAUCCGCGACGCCGCACGGCGCUACCCCAAAUAUGCCAGUGACUUACGUGACGCGCUCAACCCCCAGUGCAUGGCCGCCAUCAUAUUCAUCUACUUCGCUGCCCUGUCGCCCGCCGUCACCUUCGGAGGACUACUGGGUGAGAAAACAGGGGGGUUGAUUGGCGUGUCGGAGCUGAUCAUCGCCACGGCAAUGCAGGGGGUUAUAUUCUCUCUCCUUGGGGCGCAGCCUCUCCUUGUGGUGGGCUUCUCUGGACCCCUGCUGGUGUUUGAGGAGGCCUUCUACUCGUUCUGCAAUGCCAAUGACAUGGAGUAUCUGACGGGCCGGGUAUGGAUUGGCUUCUGGCUGGUGCUCAUCGUUGUCCUCAUAGUGGCCUUCGAGGGAAGCUUCCUGGUCCGCUUCGUGUCGCGCUUCACCCAGGAGAUCUUCUCCUUCCUCAUCUCCCUCAUCUUCAUCUACGAGACCUUCUCCAAACUGGGCAAGAUCUUUCAAGAGCAUCCUCUUCAACGCUGUUACCUAGUCAACGGCACAUGGACGUCAUCAUCAUGCAACCACACUGUGGUCGACGUGCCUGACAAGGUGGUAGGAGAGCCCAACACAGCCCUUCUGACACUGGUGCUCAUGUCUGGAACCUUCUUCAUUGCGUUCUACCUGCGCAAGUUCAAGAACAGCGCCUUCUUCCCUGGCAAGCUCCGUAGGAUGAUUGGAGACUUCGGGGUUCCCAUCUCGAUUCUCAUCAUGGUGUUGGUGGACUACAGCAUAAAAGACACCUACACCCAGAAGCUGAGCGUGCCCACAGGCUUCUCGGUGACCAGUCCUGAGAAGCGGGGGUGGCUGAUCCCCCCGCUGGGCUCCGACGGCCAGUUCCCUAUCUGGAUGAUGGGUGCUAGCAUCCUACCCGCCCUGCUCGUUUUCAUCCUUAUCUUCAUGGAGACGCAGAUCACCACGCUGAUAGUCUGUAAGAAGGAGCGGAUGCUGUUGAAGGGCUCCGGCUUCCACCUGGACCUGCUCAUCAUUGUGGCCAUAGGUGGGGUUUCAGCCCUCUUCGGCCUGCCCUGGUUGGCCGCCGCCACCGUGCGUUCUGUCACCCACACCAACGCCCUUACCGUCAUGAGCAAGGCGGUGGCCCCCGGCGAUAAGCCCCGUAUCCAGGAAGUGAAAGAGCAGAGGGUGACGGGCUUCUUCGUGGCUCUGUUCGUUGGUUUGUCCAUUGUGAUCGGAGAUCUCCUGCGCCAAAUUCCCAUCGCCGUGCUCUUUGGGAUUUUCCUCUACAUGGGUGUCAUGUCCCUCAACGGUAUCCAGCUCACCGAGCGCAUGCUGCUGCUGCUUAUGCCCCCCAAGUAUCAUCCUGACCACACCUAUGUCCGCAAGGUGAGGACCCUGCGGAUGCACCUGUUCACAGCGAUUCAGCUGGUGUGUCUUGCGGCUCUGUGGGCGGUCAUGUCCACCGCGGCCUCGUUGGCCUUCCCCUUCGUUCUCAUCCUCACCGUGCCCGUCAAAUGGUUCCUGCUGCCCCGCAUCUUCACCACACGCGAGAUGCAGUGUUUGGAUGCGGACGACGCAGAACCUAAGUUUGAUGAGAGGGAGGGACAGGAUGAGUACACAGAGAUGCACAUGCCUGUAUAAUGAUUGGAUGGGGCCAACGUGAUGAACAUCCUGCUGGCCAAUAGGCACCCAAGUCCUAUACUCCAGGAAGUUGCUCCUAACCCACCAAAUCCUUUGUUUGUUAACCUGAUAUUUUAUAAACGCACCACUGAUGGUUUGAACGGUUUUAUUUUGUAUUUUAUUUGAAUUAUUUUAAAACGUUUUUAGAGUCCCAACUCCCAAAUCAUGUUUUUUUUGGUCUGUUUUUACUAUUUUGCUUUUCGGAAGGUGGAUAUAUACUUCUAAAUUGUUUUAGUCAUCGUUACAAUGUUGAGUCCUGUUUUUAUGUAUCUUUAGGGUAUUGUGGGGUUUGUUUUAAUUUCAGGUGGGAGUUGGAUUUGCUAUGUGUCAAAGUAAAGGAUUGGUGUCCACAUAAAAGCUGCUGUUUGCCAUUGUAGUGUAAACCCCCCCUGAGAAGCCUAUAUUCAGCGCCUAUUCAAGACUUCUGGUGAUAGCAGAUAUGAAUUAUUUCUGGUUUA